AUGAAGUUCGGCCACAAAUUCGCCGAUGCCAUGGCGAACGAGGGAUGGCCUCAAACCUGGGUCAAUAGUGCAAUUCCUUACAAAGGGUUGAAAAAAGUUCUGAAGCAGAUCCAAGCAGAACUCGAAGCGCUGGGUCUUGAUGCCGCCACCUUGACACAGCUACGCCAGCCAAACCUCGACGAGGAGGGUCGCCAUCGCAGCGGCGUUGCCUUCCAAUACAACUUCAAGGACCAGGAAACUUUGGUGCCGAAGUUGACCUUUUUCGUGGAUUUCACCGAUGGGGAAGCUGUCAACGCACUCUUGACACCGGCUACCAGGAACUAUCUGAGAGUGGCAGCACAGGAGCGCCUGGGCAACUCAUUAGAUGGGCAAGCCGAGACUCCUCCCCCCAGUACCCCUUCUUCUGAAGAGCAAGUAUAUUUUAUCAAAGAAUUACAUUAUUCGAGUUCCUCGGUAGCAGCCGAAGUACUGGAAAACACCCAGCGUGUAGAGAUUCCUUUAAAUUUCGAUUCCAAGUUUUUCGAGCUACUCCAGAACGAUAUAGUCUCUCUCGACAAGCUCCAGGCCAAAGAGCAGACAAUCCUUCUCGAUGACAUCCAGGCUUUGUCAAGAUCUCUUACACGGGUGGCAAUGCCCACGAGAUUCCCAUUGUUCCAGCAUAGCGAUCUGUACAGAUGGCGAGAACUCUUCGAGCUAUAUUUGCGAGCAAACAUUUUCUUCUCCACGAACGAGACGGACUCUGGUGUUCGAGAUUACGCCAAGGCUAAAGAACAGUUGCAAUGGUUUCAAACGGAAUUAGGGAAAAGAGGAAUUGAGGCUAAAUUCAAACUGGGGGAAAGUCGUCUGUCGCUUGCACGAUUCGUCAAGAUCAAUAUGAAUCUCCUCUUAAACCUCAACUUCCAAGAAUACAACCAGAAUGCCAUCAGGAAAAUUUUGAAGAGUAAGCCCCCUGGAAGAUGGGUGUUUUCGGGAGACGAAUCCUCUGACGACUGCCCAGAAUUCGAUAAAAAAACCAGCCUGGGUGCCGCAAAAAUGUUUCCGAACCUCUUCCUGGCUCAUACCAUCAUGUCUGGUACUAUUGCAACGGCAGUCUGUCAACAAGUUACCCAAGAUCUCAUUGGCAUCGUUCCGCAGGUUGAUGAUUACACCUGUCCCGUCUGUAGCGAUAUCCACUACCGUGCGGUUCGGCUGGAUUGUAGGCAUAUCCUUUGUAUCCGUUGUACGAUCGUCUUGCAAAGAGUGGAAUACUCGCGGGCACUUUGCCCUAUCUGCCGCAGCGAUACUCUUCUGAGCGCGACGAUCGACAAUCUCGAUCUGAAGAUGGAAUGCUACCUCGAAAGGUUCUUCAAAAAAGAGGUCCGGAGCAAGCAGAUCCAGAACCAGACUGCCAGAGGGAGGGAAGAGUUCGGAAUCAACUACAAACACCCUACUGAGCAGUCCUGCAUCGUACAAUAG